ACUUAAAUUUGGCACCCCCAAGUUUAAACAAUCUUCGACAUUUAGGUUUCCGAGACAGUUCGGAUUUAUAGGAUCCGAACAACUUCGGAAUCUGGGGAUCCGAACGUUAAUUUUUUUUCUCAUUUUAAUUUUAAGUCUCUCCAUCACUAUCCACAACCAACCACAACCAACCUCAUUACUCUCAUCCAACCACAGCCAACCUAAUUACUAUCAACCACCAACAACAACCAACCCCAUUACUCCUUCAUCUAUAAAUUUGCUUGAUUUAAGCUUUCUUGUAUUCAUCCUCUCCUUUCAUUCUUUCAACGAAACCUUCAAAAUCAAAAUGGAACAAGAUUUGCCCACCUUCAUCCGCCCUUGCAAACUCCGAGGCAACUCUUCUGCAAGUUCUCGUCCUCUCAUUCCCGGCCCUGCUGGUGUUGUCCAGGCCGCCAUGAUUCAACGUAGCUCCACCACCGACGGACACCUCAUUCCAACCCAACAAUUUGUUAGGCGCGUCGUCGAAGACGGUCACGACACUGAUCCCGAUUUUCACUCCAAUGCUUGGCUUUCAGCCCUGCAAUUAGGCGGAUCUGCAACUCCUCUGGGUUCAAUCACUCACCAUCUAGAAAGGGUCGAUCUCAUCGUCGCAGUUAUCAAAUCAUGCACGCCAAACGGAUUCGGCGAUGUGUCAGUUACCCUGAAGGAUCCUACGGGCACUGUCGGUGCUAGUGUCCAUCACAAGGUUUUCACUGAAAGCGAAUUCGCGAAGGACAUAAAUGUUGGAUCUGUUAUGCUUAUCCAGAAGGUAGCUGUGUUUUCUCUUAGAAAAUCUAAUUGUUACCUGAACAUAACAUUGCCCAACAUAGUUAAGGUAUUCUCCAGUGACUGUGGACCUCCAUCUGAAACAUUCACCGACAUUACAGAAGAUUGAUUAAUGUUAUUUGGCUAAUUUUGAAUUAUUUGCAACUUUAAAAAAUCCUUGACCUGGAUUAUGUAGGCUAUGUUGCGUCCCUUGAAUUAUGUACGUUAUUUUGCUUCAAUUGGAUUAUGUGCGUUAUUUCACUUCCCAUUGGAUUUUGUUUGUUAUUUUACCUGAUUUAAAAAGAGAUAAAAAUGUAAUCAAAUCAAGUAAAGCGUGAUAAUGUGAAAUCCAAACUAAU